AAUCACUUGUAAAUUUCUCUGUGACCUGUGUGGUUUGCCGUUAUUCACAAAAAUGGCAGCCGUGCUGGAUGAAGUCGGCAAAUCCGCCGAGAAACUUGUGAACGAGGAGAAGGACGAGAUUGUUGACGAGGAAGAUAAAACCGGAGCAGCAGAGGCAUCGAAGAAAAAGAAGAAGAAAAAAAAGAAGAAGAAGGCUGGUGCUGGAGAAGCUAGUGCAGAUGUGCCAGAAGGAGAAGAAGAUAAGGCUAAGGAUGACGAUGCAGUGGCCGAAGGUACCACAGAGGUAACGGAGAACAAUGGUGAAAGCGAAGAGGUCAAAAAGAAGAAAAAGAAGAAGCGUAAACCCAAAGAUAAGGGCGGGGUUAAGCAGCAGACGGAUCCGCCGAGUAUUCCCGUGUCGGAAUUGUUCCCGGACGGUAAUUUUCCAGUGGGACAAAUAAUGGUUCACGGACCUGCCGGGGUAGACGACAGAAUGGCCAAAAUGCGCUUCGCGAGCGAGGAGGCGCGUGCCCUCGACAGAAUGCAUAAUGAUAUUUAUAAUGAAGCCAGGCAGGCAGCCGAGGCGCAUCGACAAACCAGGAGGCAUAUCAUGAACUGGAUCAAGCCGGGAAUGACUAUGAUAGAAAUUUGUAAUGAGCUGGAGGAAACCGCUCGGAAAUUGAUAGGAGAGGAUGGUCUCCUGGCUGGAUUAGCGUUCCCGACCGGUUGCUCUCGCAAUCAUUGCGCGGCUCACUACACUCCGAACGCCGGUGAUCCAACUGUUCUCGAAUACGACGACGUCACUAAGAUCGACUUUGGUACUCACAUCAAUGGGCGUAUCAUCGAUUGUGCAUUCACUUUGAUUUUUGAUCCCAAGUAUGACCCGCUAAUCGAGGCUGUUCGCGACGCCACCAAUACCGGUAUCAAGGCCGCUGGUAUCGAUGUACAAUUGUGCGAUGUUGGUGCUGCUAUUCAAGAAGUUAUGGAAUCGUACGAGGUGGAACUGGAUGGCAAAACGUAUCAGGUGAAGUCAAUUAGAAAUCUGAAUGGCCAUUCGAUUUCACCUUACCGCAUACACGCCGGGAAAACGGUACCGAUAGUUAGAGGUGGCGAAGCAAUCCGAAUGGAAGAGAACGAAUUCUAUGCGAUCGAAACUUUCGGCUCUACUGGCAGAGGCGUGGUUCACGAUGACAUGGAAUGUUCGCAUUACAUGAAGAGUUUUGAUGCUGGUUUCGUGCCAUUGAGAUUGCAGAGCAGCAAGUCUCUUCUCAACACUAUCAACAAGCAUUUCGGUACUUUGGCUUUUUGUAAACGUUGGUUGGACCGCGUCGGUUGUACCAAAUACCAAAUGGCGCUGAAAGAUCUUUGUGAAAAAGGCGCCGUGGAAGCAUAUCCGCCGUUGGUCGACGUCAAGGGCUGUUACACUGCUCAGUUUGAGCAUACACUCGUUCUGCGUCCCACAUGUAAAGAAGUCAUUUCUCGCGGUGACGACUAUUAAAGCGUAGCCGUUGUUUUACAUGAAUUAUUAUCGGAUGUCAAGAUGUAUUUUAAUCUCGAUGUAACAUCAUUAUCGAAGCAUCGUACUCUAAUGUUCGAUGCGAAAAAUAAUCAUUGUAAUACGUUAGUAACGACAUUUCUGAGUGUACUAUCCGUAACUUCGGUUUUUUCUCGAUCGCAAAGAAGUAAACAGGAUUCGACAUGGACGAUAAAAACGUAUAUACUAACAACAACAACCUAAAACACCAGGUGUGUCCUUGCGUCAUUUAAAUGUGUCUCCUUCGUAUUUUUACUUUUUUUUUUAUUUCUACUGAUAUAUGUACUUCGAGAAAAGGGUCUGUAUUCGCCGUUAUAUUUCUCGCAAUGUUUUUUUUUAUCCACUUUAUUACUGGUUCCUUACACGUUGGAAUGGAAAUGACGGGGUUGAUGUUUAGUGUUGAAUAAAAUAUAUUUGGAAUCCGAGAUUUUAUCAUUGCGACGAUCUCUCUUAAGGUCCUGAAUAUCUUGAUUAAGUUUAUGUUAAACUAAAUAUGACAAACAUAAGUUAGCAUAUACAUACACGUGACAACUGUACAAAAAGAAAACGAAAAUAUCUUCUGUUUGUGGCUCCUCUAUUGGUUGGAUAUACAUAUAUUUUCUUAAAUGCGAGUUAUAUAUUAUAAGAGCCUUGUGUGAAUCGCUUGAUAAAUUAAAGUUGUAACAAACUUAACGGUUUAUAUUAUUUUCGAUCUAAUGAUGCUGCGCACCUUUGUAAGAUUCGUCAAAUAAUGAGCCACAAAAUAUAGUUAAAUUUAAUGUCGAUACUUAAAUACGAUUAAUAAUAAUUGUUACUAUGUAAGGCAGAUGUCGGAUUUGUCUCACUGCCAUAUAACGAAGUACAAGAACACAUGGUCCCGCGGAGUCCUGACUUUAUUCGUCUCUUGUCUCCUAGCGGAAACUACUUUUACUUUCAAGUGGCAUCACUUUCAUAUAA